UGUUUGAGAUUCUGGAGACUAUGAUUUUUUUCUUUGGAGUUUCACUGACACCUCAAAAAGUAAUCUGUACAUAGUGGGUCUUUACUAAAUAGUUGAUUGUUGAAUUGGUUUCCAGAAAAAAUAGAUAAUAUGAAAUUGCAUCUUUAGAGAAUAUUGAGUUUUGGGCUUGAUGAAUCAGAACAGAGUGGUUUGAAAGCAGGUGAAUGGCUGGGAAACUCUGAAUCCAACUCAUAUAAGAUUUUAAUAGAGGCAGUUAUGUCUAGCCCAUUAGAUUGAGAUUCCCUGAGGUUAAGGGUUACCACUGUCUUACUUACCUAGCACUGUGCCAGGUCCAGAGUCAGUAAUUAAGAUGCUUUCAUUCAUUCAUUUUACAGAUAUUACCUCCUCUCAGAGUACAGCUAAAGAAAAGGAAAGUCCAGCUAAAGAAAUUUGGGAUGAAAAAGAGUGUAGAAAAACAAAUGAGAAACGUAUUUUAAUUACCUCACAUUGUAUCUCCCACACUUUCCAGCAUAGUGUAUUUCAGUAAAAAUUUACAGUGCACAUAGUAGAUGGCCAAUAAAAGUACACUGUCUUUCUUUCUUCUUCCUUAAAGCUCAGAGAAUAGCAUGCUCACCAAUCUAAAGUAAAACAUUUUUACAGAACUGUAAUGGGGCUCACUCAAGGUGUUUUUCCUCUGACUUCUGAGCUCCUGGAAGGAGGGAAUCAGACUAGUACCUUUGAGUUCCUCCUCUGGGGACUCUCAGACCAGGCACAGCAGCAACACAUCCUCUUCCUGUUGUUUCUGUGGAUGUACGCGGUCACUGUGGCUGGGAACCUCCUCAUUGUCCUGGCCAUUGGCACUGACACACACCUCCACACCCCCAUGUACUUCUUCCUUGCCAGCUUGUCGUGCACAGACAUCUUUUUCACCUCCACCACCGUGCCCAAGGCCCUGGUGAACAUCCAGACCCAGAGCAGGUCCAUUUCCUAUGCAGGGUGCUUGGCACAGCUCUACUUCUUCUUGACUUUUGGGGACAUGGACAUCUUUCUCCUGGCUGUAAUGGCCUAUGACCGCUAUGUGGCCAUUUGCCACCCACUCCACUAUAUGAUGAUCAUGAGUCUCCACCGCUGUGCCGUCCUGGUGGCCGCCUGCUGGACCCUCACGAGUCUUGUCGCUAUGACUCACACCUUCCUCAUAUCCCAGCUUUCCUUCUGCUCUAAGAUCAUUCCUGACUUCUUCUGUGAUUUGGGACCGCUGAUGAAGGUGUCUUGCUUUGACACCCAGGUCAAUGAGCUUGUGCUCCUUUUCCUAGGGGGAACAGUCAUUUUAAUCCCUUUUAUGCUCAUCCUGGUCUCUUAUAUCCGCAUUGUUUCAGCCAUCCUCAGGGCGCCCUCUGUCCAGGGAAGGCGCAAGGCCUUCUCUACCUGCGGCUCUCACCUCGUUGUUGUUGCUCUGUUCUUCGGGACGGUGAUCAGGGCGUAUCUGUGCCCUUCAUCCUCUUCCUCCAGCUCAGUAGAGGAGGAUACAGCGGCUGCUGUCAUGUACACAGUGGUGACUCCCCUGCUAAACCCCUUUAUUUAUAGCCUGCGGAACAAGGACAUGAAGGCUGCAGUGGUUAGACUUCUCAAGGGCAGAGUCUCCUUCUCACAGGGCCAGGGCCAGUGACUUCUGCUGAGAAACUGAAGGUGUUCUCCUUCCCCUCCAGUGAGGGGCUUGACAGAAAUUUCUACCUCAAAGUGUCUCAUUUCUGAAUCCCACAUAUCCCUUAUCAGCACUCCCCUCCCCGAGUGCCCACUGCAAGUUUGGUAUUAUAAAGGGAAAUCAAUGUUUUGCUUUGUGCU